GAGGGGAUUGGACGCUGGGAUUCGGAGGAGGCGGGGAUAGAAGUCGGGACGUGAAGGGGGCGGGGAUAGAGGGCCUAGGGCUUGGAAGGGGACGGGUAUAAAACCAGGGACGGAAUACCGGUUAAGCACGCGCGAGGCAGAAAUCGGGGUUCAUGGCUGUUGGAUAGUCGGAGGCGGGUAGAAGCUCCUGAAAACGGUCGGCAGAGUCGUGGACUCGUCGCACUGGGAUUGGACAUAUGCAAGCGGGAGGCUGUUCGGCGCUCUAAUCGGGUGUGUGCUCGGGCUUGGUCUCCAGCAUCCGACCGGCUGCCCCCUGACUCAGCGUGGGCUCUAGCGUGAAAUGGCUGAAGCGCACCAGGCCGUGGGCUUCCGAUCCUCACUGACCUUGGACGGGGCUGAAGUGGAGCUCAGUGCCCCAGUAUUGCAGGAGAUCUACCUCUCUGGACUGCGCUCUUGGAAAAGGCAUCUCUUCCGUUUCUGGAACGACUUUUUCACUGGUGUGUUCCCCGCCAGCGCCCUCAGCUGGCUCUUCCUCUUCAGUACAAUCCAGCUCGCCUGGUUCCUCCAGCUCGACCCUUCCCUAGGACUGAUGGAGAAGAUCAAAGAGCUGCUGCCAGACUGGGGUGGACAGCACCACAGGCUUCGGGGGGUCAUCGCCGCAGCGCUGUUUGCCUCCUGUCUGUGGGGAGCCUUGAUCUUCACGCUUCACCUGGCCCUGAGGCUGCUUCUGUCCUACCACGGCUGGCUCCUUGAACCCCACGGAGCCCUGUCCUCACCCACUAAGACCUGGCUGGCCCUGGUCCGCAUCUUCUCCGGCCGCCACCCAAUGCUCUUCAGUUACCAGCGCUCCCUGCCUUGCCAGCCCGUGCCCUCCGUUCGGGACACCGUGCGCAAGUACCUGGAGUCCGUCCGGCCCGUCCUUUCCGACGAGGACUUCGACUGGACGGCCGCCCUAGCGCAGGAAUUCCUGAGGCUGCAGGCGUCGCUGCUGCAGUGGUACCUGCGGCUCAAGUUCUGGUUGGCUUCCAAUUACGUCAGUGACUGGUGGGAAGAAUUUGUGUACCUGCGCUCCCGGAACUCGCUGAUGGUGAACAGCAACUAUUAUAUGAUGGACUUCCUGUACGUCACGCCCACGCCGGUGCAGGCUGCUCGUGCCGGGAAUGCGGUACACGCCCUCCUCCUGUACCGCCACCGCCUGAACCGCCAGGAGAUCCUGCCAACUUUGCUGAUGGGAAUGCGGCCCUUGUGCUCUGCCCAGUAUGAGAAGAUAUUUAACACUACGCGCAUUCCCGGGGUCCGAAAAGACCACAUCCGCCACCUCCGUGACAGCCGACAUGUGGCCGUCUUCCAUCGGGGCCGAUUCUUCCGUGUGGGGACACACUCCCAAAGUGGCCUGCUUUCCCCGAGGGCCCUGGAGCAGCAGUUCCAGCGAAUCCUGGAUGACCCUUCGCCUGCCUCCCCACAGGAGGAGCACCUGGCGGCCCUGACCGCUGCGCCCAGGGACAUGUGGGCCCAAGUGCGGAGGUCCCUGAAGACCCAGGCAGAGGACGCCCUGGAGGCUGUGGAAGGGGCAGCUUUCUUUGUGUCACUGGACUCUGAACCGGCAGGGCUCACCAGGGAGGACCCUGCAGCUUCCCUGGAUGCCUACGCCCACACCCUGCUGGCUGGCAGGGGCCAUGACCGCUGGUUUGACAAAUCCUUCACUCUGAUCAUCUUCUCCAAUGGGAAGCUGGGCCUCAGCGUGGAGCACUCGUGGGCCGACUGCCCCAUCUCAGGACACAUGUGGGAGUUCACGCUGGCCACAGAAUGCUUCCAGCUGGGCUACUUGGCAGAUGGCCACUGCAAGGGCCAUCCUGACCCCUCGCUGCCCCAGCCCCAGCGGCUGCACUGGGACCUGCCAGACAAGAUCCAUCUGUCCAUUGCUCUAGCCCUGAGAGGAGCCAAGACCUUGUCCGGAAACAUCGACUGCCACGUCUUCCCCUUCUCCCACUUUGGCAAGAGCUUCAUCAAACACCACCACCUCUCUUCAGACAGCUUCAUCCAGAUGGCCUUGCAGCUGGCCCACUUCCGGGACAGGGGUCAAUUCUGCGUGACUUACGAGUCGACCACGACUCGCUUGUUCCUGGAAGGCCGGACGGAGAUGGUGCGAUCUUGCACGAGGGAGGCCUGCAACUUUGUGAGAGCCAUGGAGGACAAAGAGAAGACAGAUCCACAGUGCCUCGCCCUGUUCCGCGUGGCUGUGGAUAAGCACCAGGCUCUGCUGAGGGCAGCGAUGAGCGGACAGGGGGUCGACCGCCACCUCUUUGCGCUCUACGUGGUGUCCCAUUUCCUCCACCUGCACUCGCCUUUUCUGGACCAGGUUGGGGAUAGAGAGAGGGUUCACUCGGAGCAGUGGCUGCUGGCCACCAGCCAGAUCCCUGUUCAGCAAAUCCACCUGUUCGAUGUGCACAAUUACCCCGACUACGUUUCCUCCGGUGGUGGAUUUGGGCCUGCCGAUGACCAUGGUUAUGGUGUUUCUUACAUCUUCAUGGGGGAGGAAACGAUCACCUUCCACAUCUCCAGCAAAAAAUCAAGCACAAAAACGGACUCCCACCGGCUGGGGCAGCACAUCGAGGAUGCACUGUUGGACGUGGCCUCCCUGUUCCAGGAGGGGCGGCGUCUUAGGCGACCGUGCAGAGCGUUAGGGGAGGAGGACUCGGGGCACAGGUGUAGCUCUCUCCCCGGCCACACUAGGAGCUCUAAGGCACCAAUGACACCUGCCAACUUUUGACCCCUUCCGGUGGGGAGCUGGUCUCCCCAGGAAGCAGGGGGAGGGUCUCCGUGGCAGGGCUAGUAUGGGUCAGAGGCAACCUGUUUGGGUUUGGAAACCCCACAUCUGGCCCAAUAAAGAUGUGUGAGCUGGG